UAAAGGGGGAAGCAAGCAAGGAAGAAAGGAAGGAAGAAAAACCCCUCGCACACGCACUGGCCGCUGGCAAACAGGCAGGCGGCGAGGGAGGGGCAGCAAGAGGGAGAGAUCUGGUGCUCCAGCAGUCCAGGGGCUUCCUCCUCUGUCACAGGAAGGUGGCUGGCCGGGCAGCCUUCUUUUGCGGUCGCGUUUACUCCUCCUGCUCUGACUCUCUGCCCAGUCGGUGGAAUGAUAUCCAGACUGAGAUGUGUGGUUGUUGUUGUUGUUGUUGUUGAGGCAGGAAGUGAGGAAUGUUUUCACUCUGAGUGACUGAGGUGCCGGAGAAGCUCGCCAGGCUGCUUUUGUACAGGAAAAGGGGACCCGGGAGUCUCUUGCCGAGGAUACCCAUGACAUGGCUUUAUCGGAAGAGCUCCCAAGGCGGCGCCCGGAGUUGUGCACCUAACGGAGGAGAGCUUUCCCCCUUGGAUUACUGCGACAGAAUUUGUGUGGAUGCUUCCUUUGCUCAGAACUUGGAGGAAAACCUGCUGUUCUUCCAUGGCUGCUGCCGCUGCUGCUGGCUGACCGCCUGGGGCCUUUGCAGCUCCUGACUGCUCACGGGAGGCAAGCCGCUUGCCAAUGGUUUUCUGUGACUUAUUGUGAAUGUAUUAGGGACGAAAAUGCCGCUGCCUUUUGGGCUGAAGCUGAAACGAACUCGACGCUACACAGUGUCUAGCAAGAGCUGUUUGGUGGCCCGCAUCCAGCUGCUUAACAGCGAGUUUGUGGAGUUCACACUGUCGGUGGAGAGCACUGGGCAGGAAAGCCUGGAGGCCGUGGCGCAAAGACUGGAACUUCGAGAGAUCACCUAUUUUAGCCUGUGGUAUUACAAUAAGCAGAAUCAACGCCGGUGGAUAGACUUGGACAAGCCUCUGAAAAAGCAAUUGGAUAAAUAUGCAUUGGAGCCAACUGUAUACUUUGGUGUGGUGUUUUACGUGCCUUCCGUCUCUCAGCUUCAGCAGGAGAUUACCAAAUAUCAGUAUUAUCUGCAGUUGAAGAAAGACAUCUUGGAAGGAAACAUUCCUUGCACAUUUGAGCAAGCAAUUCAUUUGGCAGGCUUAGCUGUUCAAGCUGAUUUUGGAGAUUAUGACCAGUAUGAAUCACAAGAGUUUUUACAGAGAUUUGCCUUGUUCCCUGUGGGUUGGUUGCAAGAUGAGAAGAUUCUGGAAGAAGCAACCCAGAAAGUGGCCUUACUCCAUCAGAAGUACAGAGGCCUCACGCCUCCUGAUGCGGAGAUGUUAUAUAUGCAAGAGGUUGAGAGAAUGGAAGGUUAUGGGGAAGAGAGCUAUCCCGCAAAGGAUAGCCAAGGAAGUGACAUAUUCAUUGGAGCUUGUCUUGAUGGCAUCUUUGUGAAGCACAAAAAUGGCCGGCCGCCUGUCGUAUUUAGGUGGCAUGACAUUGCCAACAUGUCCCACAACAAGUCCUUUUUUGCGUUAGAGCUGGCAAAUAAAGAAGAAACUAUCCAGUUCCAAACUGAAGACAUGGAAACGGCAAAAUAUGUGUGGCGGAUGUGUGUAGCCAGACACAAAUUUUACAGACUAAAUAAAUGUAGUCUAGACUCCCCAGACUCUCCACCUGAGGAAGGCUCUCAGAAAUUUUUCCUCAUUCUUUCCUUUCCACGCUUUCCAAUCCUUUCUCGUCCUUCUCUUCCCAAAGGACAAACUCAGACGGUAACAGUGAAUCCAAUUAGGAGGCGAUCAUCCUCCAGAAUGUCUCUGCAGCCCACACCACAGUCUUUUAUGAUGGCGCCACCACCACCUCCACUGCAUUACAAUGGACACUAUGCGGAACCAUAUACAUCCUCCCAAGAUAAUCUCUAUGGCAACACGCAGAAUGGUUACUACUGCCACUCUCAGACCAGCCUGGACAGAGCACCACAUGACUACAAUGGCAGGAUCCGCAAUGGAAGCGUCUACAGUGCCCACAGCACAAACUCCUUGAAUAACCCACAGCACUACAUGCAGCCGUCUCCCAUGUCCUCUAACCCGAGCAUUACUGGCAGCGACGUCCUCCGAACUGAUUAUGUCCCGUCACACCGACACAGUGCCCUUAUCCCACCUUCUUAUCGGCCUACCCCAGAUUAUGAGACAGUGAUGAAGCAGCUUAACCGGGGAAUGAUACACUCAGACAAGCAGAGUCAUUCCAUGAGGAACCUUAACAUUAGCAACUCAUAUGCUUACAGCAGGCCGGACGCCUUGGUGUACAGUCAGCCUGAAAUCCGAGAACAUGCUAAUUUCACCUCCCCUCACUCUGGCCACUACCCAUUUAACCUGAAUUACAGCUUUCACAGUCAGUCCCCCUAUCCUUAUCCCGCUGAAAGGCGGCUGGUGGUUGGAGCAGUGAGUGUUCCUGAGCUGACAAAUGUUCAGUUGCAGGCCCAAGACUAUCCCGCCCCAAACAUCAUGAAGACUCAAGUGUACCGCCCUCCUCCUCCUUAUCCAUAUCCAAGGCCUGCUAACAGCACCCCGGACCUUUCCCGGCACCUUUACAUCAGCAGCAGCAAUCCAGAUCUCAUCACCCGACGGGUCCAUCAUUCAGUCCAGACGUUUCAGGAGGACAGUUUGCCGGUCGCACAUUCCCUCCAGGAAGUGAGCGAGCCUUUAACAUCCGCCAGGCAUGCUCAGUUGCAGAAGAGGAACAGUAUUGAAAUAGCUGGCCUGGCCCACAGCUUUGAAGCCAUGAGGAUUAAAGAGAGGACCAUGUCUGCAUCGGCUGCAGAUGGGGCCCCUCCAAAGGUGGUCCCCUCUGGGUCCCAGCCGACUGUUUUCCUAGAGAGAACAAAGCAAGAGGACAAUGAGGAACGAGAAGAAAAUGUUAACUAUGGGCAUAAGAAGUCUCUCUCAGAUGCCACGAUGCUGAUUCAUAGCAGUGAGGAAGAGGAAGAAUUUGAAGAAGAAAACAAGACUGGCACAACCCUCUCGCCACUCAUCAAUGGCAAACCCCAGCUUCCUUCUCUCAUGGGAAGUUAUGCUCCGGAGUCCUUACUGAACUACUCCUACGGUUCUGUUGCUUCACCUCCUGGUCCUUUACACAUCCUUGAACCCAAGUUGCAUAUUACUGAGACUGAGAAGAGGGUAAAAGAUGUGAGUCCCGCCCAUAUUAUGCCUGACACUCAGGUGCAGAGACGAGGUGAUGGGCUUUUGACUCCUUCUGUGUCCGAAUCUGACUUAACAAUGUCAGCAAGGUACAGAGUGCAUAAGGAUUCUGUGAAGAAGAGACCUGUGUCUGAGCUACUUUCAGGGAAGAAGAAUAUCGUGGAAGGGCUGCCUCCUUUAGGGCAGGUCAUGAAAAAGAACAGAGCCGAAGCCAAAAAAAUAGGCCCUCUGAAGCUUGCUGCGCUGAACGGGCUGACGUUAUCUCGGCUCCCGCUGCCAGAUGAAGGAAAGGAGGAACCUGCCAGAGCAACAAAUGAUGAACGGUGUAAAAGUUUAGAACAACGGUUAGAACAAGGAAUGGUGUUUACAGAAUAUGAGCGGAUUCAAAAGAAAAGGCUUAUUGAUGGCGAGUGCUUGAUAGCCCGUCUCCCGGAAAAUGCAGAAAGGAACCGGUUCCAGGAUGUACUCCCUUACGACGACACCAGAGUAGAAUUGGUCCCUACUAAAGAAAACAAUACUGGUUAUAUCAAUGCAUCCCACAUUAAGGUCUCUGUUGGGGGCAUGGAGUGGGAUUAUAUUGCUACCCAAGGUCCUUUGCAGAAUACAUGCCAAGACUUUUGGCAGAUGGUGUGGGAGCAGGGGAUUGCCAUUAUAACCAUGGUGACAGCAGAAGAGGAGGGUGGCCGAGAGAAAAGUUUCCGAUAUUGGCCACGGCUUGGUUCGAGGCACAACACAGUGACUUAUGGGCGCUUCAAGAUUACCACCCGAUUUCGGACAGACUCUGGUUGCUAUGCAACGACAGGUUUGAAGAUCAAACACCUCCUCACAGGGCAAGAGAGAACAGUUUGGCAUCUUCAGUACACUGACUGGCCAGAACAUGGCUGCCCAGAGGAUAUAAAAGGAUUUCUGUCCUAUUUGGAAGAGAUACAGUCAGUCCGGCGUCAUACGAACAGCACUGCAGCAGAUCCUACAGCCCCCAAUCCUCCCCUGCUGGUGCACUGCAGUGCUGGUGUAGGAAGAACUGGAGUGGUCAUCUUGUCGGAGAUCAUGAUUGCCUGUUUGGAACACAAUGAGGCACUGGAUAUUCCGAGGAUGCUGGACAUGCUGAGACAUCAGAGGAUGAUGAUGGUACAGACACUGUGCCAAUACACCUUUGUCUAUGGAGUUCUCAUUCAGUUCCUUAAGAGCUCAAGGCUUAUAUAAGCCCUCCCCGUUCUGCUUUUAAGUCAUUGUAAGAGUUUACAAAAGCAGAAUGUUGCCUUCAGGGAGGCAGGGUGGUCUCAAAGACUUGAUUGGUGUGUGGACUUGCCUUUCUGGCAGGGCUUGAAGAUGCUGAGUGCAAGCCCAACUCCGCCAUCUCAGUCUUCACAGAGCAAACCGUCUGAGUGGACACUCCUUUCUUUGUUUGUGUAGCUGGAACAAGAAAGGAACACGUGUGGCUUUUUAAAAAUAAAAUAAAAUAAAAUGUG